UGCAGGGCCGAGUUGUGUGGGGAUGGGUUUGCCGCUGCUCCAGGUAGUGACGCAGCCGGUGCGUUCGUGUACAGCUGGAAACAUGGCUGCUGACAUCACACUGUUAUUCAGAGCCAGCGUAAAAACAGUAAAGACAAGAAAUAAAGCGCUGGGGGUAUCCCUGCCCGAGACCGAUUUGCUGAGGAAGAGACUGCCGAGGGGGGAAUUCAGCGGGAAGGCGCGGGAAGUGAUCAUUAACAUUGGCAAGCUGAAGGAUUUCCUCCUGGAGCACAGGAAAGAUUACAUCAAUGCUUGCAGCCAUGUGGUCUCGGAGUAUUCCUGCAUGACCGACACCGAGCGAGAUCAAAUUGACCAAGACGCACAGAUAUUCAUGAGAACCUGCUCUGAUGCAAUUCAGCAACUCCGAACAGAAGCCGGCAAAGAGAGUCAUUCUCUACAAAUAAAGGAACACCGCAACGCCGUCCUGGAUUUCAUCGAAGACUAUUUGAAAAGAGUGUGUAAACUGUACUCGGAACAAAGAGCCAUCAGGGUGAAGCGAACAGUAGACAAGAAGCGAUUAUCCAGGUUAGAACCCGAAAAAAUCAACAAAACACAAAGUUCCCGCUCAGAGGACAGUGUUCCCCUAAAACAAUUGGAUACAGGCGCCGAGAAAAAAUCAGCCGAUGAUGAAAAUAUUGACAGGACAGCGCCAGAACGAAACGGCACAUCUAGUCUGUGGGACGAUGGUCGGAGUGAAGAUGAGUUGUCGCCUGAAGAGAUCCAAAUGUUCGAACAGGAAAACCAGAGACUCGUCAGCGAAAUGAACAGUCUGUUCGAUGAAGUAAGGCAAAUAGAAGGGAAAGUGGUUGAGAUAUCAAGACUUCAAGAGAUUUUCACAGAGAAGGUGUUACAGCAGGAAACCGACAUUGACAACAUUCACGAGCUGGUUGUGGGAGCAACGGAGAAUAUCAAAGAAGGGAAUGAAGAUAUACGAGAGCUGGUUUUGUCCAUUGAUAGCAGGGUCGGACUGGGCCGGCGGAAGACCGGGCAAAAACCCUGUGGGCUCCGGCCGUCAUCAGUCCAGAUCCGCUCCCUGUGUGAAACCUUUGGCGCGGCUUCCGACCUCCCUCCCUGGCCACCGGCACUGCCGCAAGAAGAAGAAGACAAUACUGCGUAUACAUGGGAGCUGCUACUGUUGCCCUGGCCCAGGCUUUCUUCGUAGACAUCAGCAGAAUGGUGAAAUCUAUUAAUGAAGGGGCAUAACAUUGAUAGCUGUGAAUAAUGUCCUGAUGGAUCAAGCAAUAUGGCAGCCCCCACAUGUAAACAUAAAUGCAUGCAAAGAAUAAUUGUUCUGCGCAGACAAUAAACAAAUCUUUCAUCA